AAAAAUAAAAUAAAGUAUAAAAUUUGAAACAAAUCUCUAUACAAGAAUUGAGGUUGACCUUCCUUCCAUAUAUAAUUAAAUUGUGUAAUUUAAACCAAAUCAGUCAACCAAUUGUUUUAUUUUAUUACCUUCUUUAAAACACUUCCUCUUCCUCACAUCGUCUUGUUCAAAAACCCCCCACAUUUUGAUAAUUUAUUGGGUUUAGUUUUUUGAGGGAAAUGAGGGAUGCUUUCAGGGGUAAAAAAAACUGCUUCUGCUUGCUGGAAACCUGUUCGACGGUAUGUCCGAAUGAACAUAGGUAAUAAUAGCAACCAUGACCGCGAUGGUUCCGACAGUGGUUCCGCCGGAGAACACCCUUUAUUUUGGUCAAGAGAUUUGGAGAGGCAUUUUCUCGGUGAAUUUUCCUUUGCUGUUUUUCAGGCAAAUGAAGUUCUAGAAGAUCGUAGUCAAGUUGAGAUUGGUCGUGAUGCUACUUUUAUUGGUGUUUAUGAUGGUCAUGGUGGGGCUGAUGCUGCUCGCUACAUUUCUGAUCAUCUCUUUUUUCAUCUCAUCAAGCUUGUUGACGACAGCAGAAGCAUGUCAGAAGAUGUGAUAAGAGGUGCUCUUACUGCAACGGAGGAUGGUUUUCUUACUCUUGUUUCCAGGACUUUCAAAUUCAAGCCUGUAAUAGCUGGAAUUGGAUCGUGUUGUCUGGUUGGUCUGAUUUGGAAAGGGACAUUAUAUGUUGCUAAUCUGGGUGAUUCACGAGCUGUAAUAGGUACUCUGGGUCGAACAAACAAGAUUGUUGCAGAGCAGUUGACUACUGAGCAUAAUGCUUCUAGGUCGGAGAUUAGAGAAGAACUUAGGUCCUCACAUCCUGAUGAUUCAUCCAUCUUGGUUCAGAAGCAGGGGGUUUGGCGAAUCAAAGGCAUUAUUCAGGUCUCUAGAUCCAUUGGAGAUGCAUACUUGAAGAGUCCAGAACUUGCUCUUGAUCCCACAUUUCCAAGAUUUCACUUUCCUGAACCCAUAAGUCGUCCUGUGCUAACAGCUGAACCAUCAGUAUGCACCAGAGCUCUAAAACCUAACGAUCAGUUUCUGAUAUUUGCUUCAGAUGGUCUCUGGGAGCACUUCACUAAUGACGAAGCUGUCCAGCUUGUUCACAACAGUCCUCGAGUGGGGAUUGCAAAAAGGCUUGUCCAAAAUACACUGAAAACGGUUGCAAGAAAGAUGAAAAUGAAAGAUGAACAACUGAGGGAUGUGGAAAAGGGAGAAAGAAGAAAAUAUCACGAUGAUAUAACCGUGGUUGUUAUAUUUUUGGACCACGACUUGCUGAAUGAAGAGAUGAGUCUGCCGAUAGCUGAACUGUCGGUGCAAGGGUUUGUUGAUACUUGUGGCCCGUCCAAAUUCAACAUUCUGCAGCAGGCAACCUCAAGGACCUGCUGAAACCUUACGGACCUUCAUUCUUUGGCUGUUCAUGUUGGUUUCAGCGCUACCUAUAUUAUAUGCAUUCUGGAAGACAACCUUCAUCAGAAAUAUUAUGAUGCUCAAAAUCAGAAUGAUAGUCUGUUUGUACAAAGACUAGUAUAACAUCAUAAAGCAUCGCCAAUUUUGAUUAAUUCAAUGUCCUCGCUAAUUUCCACUCAA